GUUUCGUGUGUCAAAAACAAGAGGCGUUUGCAAAUAUUACAAGUAUUACUAAGAAAAUAAAGGAUUUUAGAUAUCACGGCAAAAUGACCGACUCAAAGUAUUUUACAACAACUAAAAAGGGUGAAAUUUUCGAGUUAAAAUCCGAGUUGAACAAUGAUAAGAAGGAGAAGAAGAAGGAGGCAGUCAAAAAAGUGAUUGCAUCAAUGACUGUGGGCAAAGAUGUUUCAGCUUUAUUUCCAGACGUUGUAAACUGCAUGCAAACCGAUAAUCUUGAAUUAAAGAAACUGGUUUAUUUAUAUUUAAUGAAUUAUGCAAAAUCUCAACCUGAUAUGGCCAUAAUGGCUGUAAAUACUUUUGUCAAGGAUUGUGAAGAUCCAAACCCUUUAAUAAGGGCGCUCGCAGUGCGUACUAUGGGUUGCAUAAGAGUCGACAAAAUAACCGAAUAUUUGUGCGAACCUUUAAGAAAAUGCCUAAAAGACGAAGAUCCGUACGUACGAAAAACAGCUGCAGUUUGUGUCGCCAAACUGUACGACAUUUCAUCGGGUUUGGUUGAAGACCAGGGUUUCUUGGAGCAACUUAAAGAGUUGCUAAGUGAUUCUAACCCCAUGGUUGUCGCCAAUGCGGUAGCAGCUCUUUCUGAAAUAAAUGAAAGUAGUCCAACUGGACAACCAUUGGUUGAGCUCAGUACAAGUACAAUAAACAAACUUUUGACUGCUUUGAACGAAUGUACGGAAUGGGGACAAGUUUUCAUCCUUGAUUCUUUGUCAAAUUACACUCCCAGAGAUGAAAGGGAAGCUCAAAGCAUUUGCGAAAGAAUUACCCCACGAUUGGCCCAUGCAAAUGCUGCUGUAGUCCUGUCAGCUGUCAAGGUUUUAAUAAAAAUGAUGGAGAUAUUGGCCGGUGAUGUUGAGUUUUGUAAUACUCUGAGCAAAAAAUUGGCCCCACCUUUGGUUACACUGCUCAGUUCUGAGCCUGAAGUUCAGUAUGUUGCUUUGAGAAAUAUUAACUUGAUUGUGCAAAAGAAACCUGACAUUUUGAAACAUGAAAUGAAGGUUUUCUUCGUCAAAUACAACGACCCAAUCUACGUAAAACUCGAAAAACUCGACAUCAUGAUCCGCUUGGCGUCUCAAGCCAACAUCGCUCAAGUUUUGAGCGAGCUCAAAGAGUACGCAACCGAGGUCGAUGUCGAUUUCGUGCGCAAAGCCGUGCGCGCAAUCGGAAGAUGCGCUAUAAAAGUUGAACCUUCAGCCGAAAGAUGCGUAUCGACUUUGCUGGAUUUAAUUCAAACCAAGGUUAAUUACGUUGUGCAAGAAGCCAUUGUGGUGAUUAAGGAUAUAUUCAGAAAAUAUCCAAAUAAAUACGAAAGCAUAAUAUCCACAUUAUGUGAAAACCUGGACACUCUAGAUGAGCCAGAGGCGAGAGCUUCCAUGGUUUGGAUUAUAGGCGAAUAUGCCGAAAGAAUUGACAACGCCGACGAGUUAUUGGACAGCUUUUUGGAAGGUUUUGCCGACGAAAACGCUCAGGUUCAACUGCAACUGCUUACCGCUGUUGUCAAGUUGUUCUUGAAGCGUCCACAGCACACCCAAGGUUUAGUUCAGCACGUGCUAAGUCUGGCCACACAGGACUCAGACAACCCUGAUUUAAGGGACCGCGGUUUUAUCUACUGGAGAUUGUUAAGUACAGACCCGGCAGCAGCUAAAGAGGUCGUUUUGGCCGAUAAACCUCUUAUUUCCGAAGAAACCGAUUUAUUAGAACCAACACUGUUGGACGAGCUGAUUUGCCACAUUUCUUCUUUGGCCAGCGUUUACCAUAAACCGCCGACCGCGUUUGUAGAGGGAAGAAGCGCAGGUAUACGAAAGACGCUACCGGCCAGACAAGGUUCAGCUGAUGAAAUCGGCCAAGAAGCAACCGUUAUUCCGAACCAGGAAAGCAUUGUGGGCGACCUACUCUCCAUGGAUCUUGGCGCUACCGCCCCAGCUGCGCCCCUGGGCGGCCCUGCGGCAACCAGUAACAUUGACCUUUUGGGCGGAGGAUUGGACGUUUUGCUUGGAGGCGGUAGUUCAGACAUAUCAACGGCAGGCGGCGCCGCUCCUUCAACCACAGGUCUCUUAGGCGACAUUUUCGGCAUCUCCUCCUCCCCCUCCAUGUACACCCCACCAAAAACGUGUUGGCUACCGGCGGAGAAAGGAAAAGGCAUGGAAAUACACGGUACAUUCUCCCGCAAAAACGGACAAAUGUCCAUGGACAUGACCUUCACCAACAAGGCUAUGCAAGCUAUGAGUGGUUUUGCGGUACAGUUCAAUAAAAACAGUUUUGGCGUGUCUCCCUCAGGGCCCAUAACUAUGACCCCCUUGCAACCAGGGCAAUCUUUAGAGUAUUCUUUACCUUUAAAUACUACAGGGCCUGUACAAAGAAUGGAUCCUCUAACAACGUUACAAGUUGCCAUUAAAAAUAAUGUUGACGUUUUCUAUUUUGCCUGUCAAAUGCCGAUACAAAUUUUGUUCACUGAGGAUGGUACUCUAGAUAAAAGGGUCUUUUUGACAACAUGGCGCGAUAUACCAUCAGCCAAUGAAGUCCAGUAUACAAUAAACGAUUUAAAUGGAAACACUGAUACAGUCUCCAAUAAGAUGGUUAUGAAUAAUAUCUUCACCAUCGCAAAAAGAAACGUGGAGGGCCAGGAUAUGCUGUAUCAGUCCCUGAAGUUGACCAACAACAUUUGGGUGCUAUUGGAGCUCAAAUUGACCCCAGGGGUCACUACUGCAACUUUGAGCUUGAAGUCCAGAUCUGUUGAAGUUGCUCCAUAUGUAUUCCAAGCUUUUGAAGCCGUUUUAAAGAAUUGUUAGAUUGCUUUAUUAUUUUAAUGUUUUAUCAGUAGAAUUUAAGUUUCAUUCCAUGUAUAAUCUAUAAAAAUAGUUGAACAAAUAUACUAAAAUAUCGCUGAA